UUCAGUAAACACUUCGCACAGUAGGCCUCUCUUCGUGACUAUCGGACCCUACAAUAUCAUCUGAAGGCACGAGCUUGCUAUCAACCUUCUCUACAGCUAAGAAUGGCCCCCCUCGAGAACGCCGACGUUCCGCACGAGAGAGCACAGCAGCUCGACGAUGCUCAGACCAGGCUCCGGCCGACAAGCGAGCGAAGUUCAAGCGACCACCAGCUCGGACCGAUUCCAACAAACCAGGAACUGCCGUUCCCUCCCUCCUACUCGAGCCCAGAACCAGGUGGGGUGCCUAUUCACCGCCGAUCCCCCCAUUACCCUCUCGGCCAACUCCCUGCGUCGGUCGUCUACCCGGUUUCCGAUUCCAUUCAAACUACAUCGAUCGAUAGCGACAAGAUCGGCUCUGAGACCCGACGGGCUCAGGUCGUGGAAUCUGAAGGCGAGAAUGGGAUGCCCCCAGACGGAGAGACAAAACAAGACACCACUGGUUUGUGUGAUGCGCUGGAGGCAAGAAUAAAGGAAAUGGUGGACAGGGAGGUUGCCGAACAAGGGCCGGCGAAUCAAGAACUCGAGCAGAGGAUGCUUGAACAAGAGGAGAAAUAUAGGAGACUUGAGCGGAGGAUGGAUGAAAAAGAGAAUGGGGAUGAGGGACUGAACUGGAGGAUGACUGAAAAAGAGGAGCAGGAUAAGAAAAUGAAGCAGAAGUUGAACACCCAAGCCAGGAAGAUUCGCAACUUGAUGAAACGGACUGCUAUAGCUAGAGACGCCAUCGAGACCUUGCCUGAUCUUCGGAAACAAGUCACAGACAUCCAGGCCUUGGAGUCUCAGCUUGAGACACAAGAUGAAGCGAUCGAGAACUUGGAAUCACAGCUUCGGGGACAAGAUACAGAUAUCCAGGACUUGGAAUCUCGGCUUCGGACACAAGAUACAACGAUCGAGACCAUGAAAUCUCAGCUUCGGGAACAAGAUAGAACGAUCAAAGACUUGCUUCAGCUUCGGAAACAAGUCGCAGAUAUCCAGGCCUUGGAAUCUCAGCUUCGGGAACAAAAGACAGCGAGCGAUGCCAUAAAAGGCAAGGUCGAGGAGUUGGAAGAUUGGUUCCACAACCAAGCGAAAAGCCACGAUGCCUUGGAGAAGCAACUUGAAGAAAAAGACAAAUUAAUCCAUGCCGAGGUUGCGCUCAGGGAUGAGGAGUUAGAAAAGCAGUUCCAGAAACAAACGAAAAGCCACGAUGACUUCGCGGAGCAACUCCAGGAACGAGACAGAUUGAUACAUUCUGAUCUUAAUCACCUCAUCGAAGGCUUAGCAACGCAACUUGAGAAGCAAGAUGGCCGUGCUGUGGCCCAGGACACCAUGUUGAAGCAACUUCAGAAUGAAAUCAAUGGGUUUAAGGAGCAGUCUCGGGGACUCCAAGACCGCGGUAGAUCCAAGCGGAGAAGCCCACACCAAGGAUCACGGAAGAAGUCCGGGCAGCGGCCUCAGAGCCAACACAGGUUCACGCGAUCGAAAUCAAGGCCCAGAGAAGUGUAUGUGGAGCAGAAAUUUUUAUAGUCGCAGCCAGGAUGCAGAGUCGAGAUUAGCCGGGGUUGUAUCGUUGAUUGCAUCCUCAUCCACAGGCGUGGCAUUCGGAGAUUUUAGGUUGUUUCCUCAUUAUGUCAGUUGUUGUUUUGUUAACUUGAUGCCUUAAUGCUCCAGUACUUACUCAUAUAUAAAAUAAAAAAAGUCGUGUGUGACACAG